UCCUGACUCCUUCCUUUAUAUUUUUAACAGAUUUGGAAAGAAAAAAGAAGAUAAAAGUGGGAAAGCAGAUCAGAAGGGGAAUCCAAAGCAUGACAUACUUAAAGAAGAGGAUCUAGAGAAAAUGAAAGAUGAACGCGAAAGGAUUGGAGCAAAGCAUCAGGAGUUACGACAAAAGCAACUGAGAGGCCUGCUUGAUUAUUCGAGUGGUCCUGGAGGACCUGACAUAGAUGAUGAUGAGAUGGAUCCGAAUUAUGCCAGAGUGAACCACUUCCGAGAGGCUUAUCCAGCACCAAGCAUUUACAGACCAUCAUCACCAGCAGUUGCAGAAACCUUUGUCUAUCCGCGUGAUUCUUCUUCAACACCAAUGGAGAGGGAACACUUGGAAGGAUUGUAUGCAAAAAUAAACAAGCAGCACUACCCGCAGGUUCCUGGUGACAGUGGCUGUGCAGGUGGUGGGAAUGCUGACCGAAUCCAGAAGUUACGGAAGGAGUACCAUCAGGCCAGGCGAGAGGGCUUACCUUUCUAUGAGGACGAUGAAGGACGAACGCAGCUGUCUGAUUGCGACCACCGCUGGGUUCCUGGAAAAGGUCCAGAUGGGAGCUCAUACAAUCUCCACUUCGAAGGGAUGGAAAGGCAGUAUGCAUCUUUACCCAGACGUGGACCUGCAGAGCCACUGGAAUAUUUAACAGGGCCGCGAGUGAUCUACAAAGAGAGAGAUCUUCCCUACUACCAAGGAGGAGGACAGCCUGUUGUCCACACAUCUAAGGGGAACUACAUCCAUGCACCAGACACAAGAGUGACAGAACCGAGAUACCCCCAGUACUACCCAGCCCAGUCCAUCCCAAACCAGCACAAAGGACCCUUCCGGCAGGACGUGCCACCUUCUCCUCCUCAGCCCCACCGUGCACCAGCUUAUAAUGAGAUUAUCCGACACCGUGGGACCAGUCCAGACCAGUACCAGUACAGGCAACAGGAUCCCAGGCAGAAGAACCCCAUGACUGCAGCUGUAUAGCCACACACUGGACUUGCCAGCACAGCCCAGGAGGAAUCCUGUUGGACAUCGACCCUUUAGAGUUGUUCCCAAGCAUGGCUGCCUCUGCCUGUAAGAUUGGCACAAGACCUGGAGUCGUUUGUACUGAGCUGGGCUCAGCAUAGGUGCUUUCUGACAGGUGAAUUAAAGCCAUGGGUGGUACGAUGUGUUUUGAAUAUGUGAGGUACCAGACAGUUGAGUAUUUUUUAAUUCCUUUUUAAAAAUAGAAAGUGGCUGCUGGAAACGAAGCGCAACACUUAUUACACCUCAGGGCUAUUUACCGAAUCUGGUUACACCAAUACAGUACGUAGCUGUCUGUCCAGCGGCAGCAGUAUCACCAGUUUACUCCAGAGCUCUGUGGCAGAGCCUCUCAGUGAGAACAUAGCAAGCAGUGUGGACUUCUCAUGGAGCUGGAGAUCUUGUGAGAUCAGCUGACAGGGGCUUCACAGAGUCAGCAGCUAUGUUCCAGUCACAUUCAGACCAGCAGCACUGUGUGCUAAGGAUGCUGCAGUUCCAGAUUUGUAACCUCACAUUUGUCUUCCUCUUUCUGUUUGGUAGUGGCAGCAUUAAUCUUGUAGCCUUACCUUUUUUCACAAUCUGCCUAGCAAGAUUCUCCUCUUAUUGUACCUGCUGCAUUUGGAGUAAGGCAAAAAACUUUAUCCACCACAUAUGGGCAGGCUCAGAGGAUAAGACAGCCAUCCAAGAAGUGUGUGUCUAGCAGUGCAUGAGUGCUUGUGAGCAUUUCGUAGUCACAUGGUUUGCACUCUUUAAAGGUAAACUCCAGAAAUCAGAUCGUCAGCUGCUGUUAGUGCUGCUCCUGGGAUUUUCAAAGGAACUAGCCUGCGAGUCAUGGCUGUGGAGGUGACUGUGGACUUGGAAUCCAUGACUCAAAAUCUAUUAAGUUACUGUACCAGGUGCUGCUUUGGAUUGGGCAGGGCAACCUAACUCCUGACCUGCUCUGACCAGGGUGACAGUCAAGUGCUUGCUGGCAGCAUGUGAGCUGAUGGUGGUGCCAGGCCAGUGCCAAGUGCCAAACAACCCAGGUUCCUGCAGCGAGAGCCAGUGGGAGAGGAGAGCCAGGAGUGAGAGGUGAGGAAAGAGACAAUGAAAGCAAUAGGGAGAUCUUCAAAACCCUGGGCCCCUGGAAGAAGAGGAGUGAAGAGCUGUAGGAGUUAUUUGCAAAAGUGCAUAGGAAGAGAGUGGGCUGGCAGAGCAGGGGGUCGGGAGCGCCUGCCAGCUCUCUGCCCCAUUCAGCUUAAGCUUGCAGUGCAGCCAGGAGGCCAGAAAUCUACAGCCAUGUCCACACACACACAUGUGCCAUCUGGCCCAAUAGGGCUGUGGGCCCUCAGAGCUUUGUCUCAAGGGUUUUGUUGAAGGGUAGUCUUACUACCUAGAAAUAUAGAGCAUCCAAGUGCCCUUAAUUUCUCAGUAUCUGCUUUUGGGAGCAUUAUUAAGUAGUUUGGGCUCCUUUCCUCAUCAUGAAGAGAUCAUGACCUGGCCAAGGAUUAAGCUCAAGGAUUUCUUUGAUGUUUUUUUGAGACCUUGAUAUGCAACAGAUUAAAUAGUACAGGUCACUUCUAGGCAUUAAAUAUCACAGGAAGGUCUAUCCUGUCAGGAGCACAUCCCUUUCCUAGAAACCCCUGGAAAAGGUCUCAUUAGAGCAAGAGGUCCACAAGGCACAGGGCAGGGCAGUUGGUGCUCUUUCUGGGGCCACAGCUGUAGCCUCUGGUGAGGAUGAGCACAUAUCCCAGUCAGCCCAGUGCUGCCUGUAUACUGCCAGUGAGAGGUGGUGGAACUGGAGCACUGGGAGUGCCUGUGCCUGCCCUGCUGGCCUGCAGGCUCCAGUGGCUGCAUUCACACCAAUCCCUAGCACUGGCCAGGCUGGAAGCAGUGGGAAGAAGCAGCUUUGGGGUGAUGGGGAGGGGACAUGUCUCUGUGAUUCAGCUGCGGGGCUGGGCUCCCUGGAGCAGGGGCAGGAGAGCUCCAGAUCCAGUCAGGAAGAAGCAUUGGUGGGAGGGAGAGCAAUGCAACUGAUCGUGAAGUAAGUAUGUUCAGUUCGUGCUCCAUUUCUCCCUGCCCUCUUCCCUAGAAAUGUAGGAGGGAAAACUUCUGGAGGGAGGGGUUGGAUGUAAGGCCGAGUCUCUUGGCACCCUCCAUAAACAAGGCACAUUCCCCAGGGAAACUCUGCCUGUCGCAUACGUGCUGUACGCAGCCUUCUCUGAAGAGUUUGAGAUGCUGCAGGAUACUCAGCCAAGACUUGGCAGCCACAGGGUAGAUGCUGGUGUUAUGAAGGCCCGCUGAAAGUGAAGCGAAAACAAAUUAAAAUACUUUCCUUUCCCUGCUUGAAAUACAACCGCUGAUACAUUUGAUCCAGCUGUAAAGAAACUUAUAUAUUUGCGACAGUGGCUUUAUCAAGCCAGGCCACAAUUAAGAACAGCUCUGAAUAUAAGCUACUGCCUUUAUAAAUCACUCUCAACUAACCCUUCACAUGGCAUUGCAGCACAGUGAGCAGAACUUAUUUACAGUAUUUCAGGAGCCAGGGCCAAAUAAAAUCUGGAUGGAAGCAGUUCCUGGGUUAUUUAUAGCCUUUGGAGGACCUGUGUAGUUGUCUCCCCAUAACCUGAAUCUCUCCUUAAUGGCUCCCCCUGACUGCAUCAGCUCUGCUAGACGAGGCGGUCAGACUGAGCGCACACCUUCUGAGCUGUUAAUCUUACCCAACGGGUUAUUAAAUGAUGUUUCAGUGUUAGAUCAGUACAGAGCUUCUUCCAGGAAAAAAGGAAAAUGUGCUGCAAGCAUAAUAUAUAGAUGCAUCCUACAGGCGAGGAGCUAAGAUGGAGCGGCAGGCUGACCUAGCUGGAGGACAGCACCCAAAAGCAUUGCAGAGUCUCCCAUCUGUCUCUGGUGCCAUUGUUCUGCGAGGAAAUUGCCCUUUGCAGGUUUGAUAUCUGCUAGAGGUAUGGUUUUUUUAAAAGUAUAAUGUGUAACUACAGUAUAUAUAGUCAGCUUCUCUGCAGUGUAAAAUGUAUGAUUUUAGCACCAUAUUGUGGAAAAAUAUGUACCGUGCAGAAUCCACGAGGUGCUACAACUGACGGUUGAAAAUACACACUUGCAAAAAUCCAAAAGAGCCGUUAAGUAACAAGUUGUUCUUUUCCCCAUAUGUCCAUAUGUUUGGGAAAAUUACACGUCUGAAGCGCUCUUGACACGUAAUUGCCUCGCAUUCCCUCACCCAAAAGGUGCCAGUCCGGCAGCAGCGUCACCGCCGUGGCAGUGGGUGUGAGGGGAGGCCGCGUUUGCAGCAGAGCAGCGUGCCAGCAGCUGCGCCUCACGACGGGAGGGCUGCUGGAGGCUUUGCUUUCCCGAGCUGGGGCGUGCAGCCGGCGGCUCUGGCCCUGGCCCGUGGCCAGCUGGGCCCCGCAGAUGAAAGAUUAAGAGAUACGGAGAGAGCCUGUGCAUUUUUGCAGUGACCACCCACUAGUGAGCCAUAUCUUGGCCUGAGAGCAGACGUUAGCACUGUGAUGCGUGAGGCAGGAGUCUCUUAGCACCCCCUGAACGUUGUGGAAAAAAGGGGAGCAAAGCAUUUCAAUAAUAAUUUUUUAAAAGGCUCCUGCUUUGAAGAAUUGCGUGUAGCCUGCAUUCCAAUUCGCUCCAGCUUCCUGAACUAGCUUCACACGCUGCCUAAUUAUUUUUUUUUACAGAUGAAUUGUGCUACCUCCUCCUCCCAGCCAUCGCAGAUUUGUUUAUCAGAGUCAGUGCUGGGAGUGCAUCCCACCGAGUGCUCCGCCGGGGCCGCAUCCUGGCGCUCUGCGCUGGGCAGGGGCUGCUUUGCACUUCCAAAAGGCCCUACGCCUGUGCUUGCCCUCAGAGUUCUGCAGAGUCCCUAAGCCUUACGUGCAAAGUCGGAAGCACUCUUUACUGUCCGCAUCAAAGAAAACACUUUUUAAGACACUUCUGUGCUAUUCAGGAGGAGAGGGAAGUGUUUAUGAUCCUGACAAUACCCAUGAGUUUUAGUUAAAUUAAUUUCAAAAUCACGCGUGUUUGUUUUGGGGGAGAAAUUCAACACAAUUUGUGAAGUUUUUUUUCUAGUACCACAUCAAAGAUUUGAUCUUUUGGUACAUAUGGCUAUAUAAAUUUUACCUGUUUUAUUUUGCAUUAAAAUAAAGGCUUUAAGACUA